AUCGGGUAUUCCAACAGGGAAGUUGGAUGUUGCGGUGAAAGCAACUCCCGGGGUGAGUUAAAAAGGAUGUGGAGGAUGAUGGAAGAACAUGGUGUCAGAAGGGAAUAUAGUCAGCUGAAGGACUGAGAGACCCAAAUCUAUCAAGAUCAGCUCCUUCAAAUAGGUUUACACAGAGACUGAAUUAGAGCUGAGUCAACAGGCAGGUGAAUUUUCCUCUGUAUUUGCCUGAGAAAAGUCUUCGGAAGGGAGACUUGAAGGUGGUGCCAUGAGAGUGAAAAUGGCCAUGGAGGCAGAGGCAAAGGCAGACUUGGGGUGCUUAAUUCAAGUGCCUCUGCGGUUACAUGGAAUCAAAAGAGAAGAACAAGGAGCAGCAAACUUCAAUAUAGGAGAAGCUCCAGAGAAAGCAGGGACAAUUCCUUGUGUCCUUCAUGCGGGGAAAGUCUUGAGUUGGAAGUCAUCUCCACUGGUAAAGGAAGAGCCAGAUGUAGGUGUGAUCCAGCACUGGGAAAUCCAAGGCCAAGAGACAGGACAACCCCUUCAUUUUGGAUGCAGGGGGAGGUGGCCAAUAGCAUUUGAACCAUGGGAGGACACACUAGCUCUUCUAGCUUCUUUUGAACAUGUGGCCUAUGCCUGUCAAUGGUCAAAGGAAGAACUGGUAGCCCGGCUUUUGCCAACUUUGAAUGGGGAUGCCCGAGAAGCCUACUUGAGUUUGGAUGUUAGCGACAGACGGGACUAUGGGAAAGUGAAGGCCGCCAUCUUGAAGAGGGAACCUGUGGCUACCGAGAAGCGAAGACGACACUUCCGGCAGUUCCAAUAUCAGGAGGCCAGGGGGCCACAGGAUGCCUGCAGGCAGCUUCGGGAGCUUUGCUGUCGGUGGCUAAGGCCAGAGAGCCGCACCAAGGAUCAGAUCUUGGAGCUGUUGAUUCUGGAGCAGUUCUUGACCAUCUUGCCCCAGGAGAUCCAGAGCCAAGUGUGGGAACAAGUCCCUGAAACCUGCACCCAGGCAGUGACCGUGGCUGAAACUUUUCUAGCAAGGCAGCAGGAAAGUGAGAAACAGGUGCUGCAGAUGUCAGGACCAUGCAAGGGUAUGGAUGCUGUGAAUGCCCCAGAGGCAGAGCUCCUUCUGUCAAAUACCAGACCAAUACUCCCCUGCAGGGAGACCCAGCAGGGAGGUGGUGGGGAUACCAGCUCACUGGGUUCUUCUGACACAGAGACUACAUGGGACUCAUCCGCAGAAGGGGGCUCUGGUGGAUCUGGUAGGCAGCAUCCUUCUGUAAGAGUAGUUGUUGACAGCUGUGGAGUGACAUCUGGAUUCUGUCCUCUGGCUAUACCAGAGAGGGCCCAAGUCAUGUCUGAAGAGUCCUUCCAACAAGAAGAGUAUGAGGAGAGGUUUGGGGGAGACAAGCAGCUCCAGUCUCGCCCGCAGGCCCCUGGCAGGGACAGCGCGUAUGCGUGUGCCCACUGCGGCAAAGGGUUCCGGUGGCCGUCAGCACUUGCCGUGCACCAGAGGACCCACACGGGUGAAAAGCGGCAUCGUUGUACCGAGUGUGGGAAGCGCUUUGGCCAGCGGGGACACCUGACAGUACACCGGAGGAUCCACUCGGGAGAAAAGCCGUACGCCUGCCCUCAAUGUGGGAAGCAGUUUGUGGACUCCUCCCACCUCACCAAGCACCAGAGGACCCACCUGGGGGACCAGCCCCACCAGUGUACUGAAUGUGGGCGAAGGUGCACGAAUAAGCGCUCCCUGGUGCAGCAUCAGCGGAUUCACAGCAAAGAGAAAUCCUAGCCCGUGGGCGCACGUGGUCCCCUUGCGGAAAUGCUGGGAAAGGAUUAUAGUCGCCUGAUGGGAAAGGAUCCUUCAUCUCUCUCUGCAGAGGUGAAGGAAACUCGGUCGGUGCGCAGGGCUCGCCCCCCAUUCAUCAGCAGCGUCCCAGGAUCUGAAGAAUUAACACCCGCUGCUCUUUUCCCUCCUUUCAUCAAGAUACCUUUUUUGAUUUCAGAAUAAAAUGGCUCGGGGCAACCAAAGAUGGGGGGUGGGGCUGUUAAAAAAUGAUGGUGGCCACAUCUAUAUGACCAAAGCCCCACCCCGUUUUUACACACAUCAUUCACUUUUAAGUUGACUUGUAAAAAGUGCAUUUGGGCAUUCAAAAAUGCCUGCAAGAUUUCUGAAUCAGGUCUGAAUCAUUCAGAAUCAGUUUGUCAGCAUCUUUUUGAUGCUUUGAUUUGUUUUGAAAAUUCAGAUUUGAGUCAAAUCGGUCAUAUCCCCACAGAAUCUCUUAAUUAUUCAGCCAACCCUAUUAUUUACUGUUCUAACCAGAUUUGAUGGUGAACUAGCAAGAGUUCAAAACGCUGAAUUAGUCUUCAUUCGAUGAAAGGUUGGACAGAGGGUGGGAGGAGAAUCUUUUUGAGGAAAAAAGGAAUUAAGCUUUAAGGUUUUACAGAUUUUUGUUCUGACUAGCUGAAAAGAUUGUGCUUACUCUUCUGAAAAUGAUUUUGCUUGCCCAAUUCCAUUCAGAAAUUUUCAAUGUGCUGCUUUAAAUAAUUUCAAAAUU